AUGGGGGAAGGUAAGGUGAUGGAGAUUCUGACCAAGGACGGCGGCUUGUUCGGGCAAACCGAGCAGAACCCGAUUGUGGCUGUACAGGUGAAGCUGAAGGAGGUCGAGACUAGGUUUCGUGUGUGGCUAGCCAAGCAAUCGUUGCCGGUGGAGGCGGCCGUCGUAACCGCGACCAGCGGGGUCCAAGGCGCCGCAAUAGGCGCUUUAAUGGGAACGCUCACGGCUGACGCUUCCUCUUUCCUUACACCUCCGCCGAACGCCGCAAACCUCAACCCUGAUGCUAUGGCGUCACUUAAACAAGCUCAGGCUCUUUCUGGUGGUCCAUUGGUGCAAGCACGUAAUUUUGCGGUCAUGACUGGUGUCAAUGCCGGCAUUUCAUGUGUCAUGAAAAGAUUGAGAGGCAAGGAGGAUGUUCAAUCUAGUAUGGUUGCUGCUUUUGGUUCUGGGGCCAUGUUUUCAUUAGUAAGUGGCGUGGGUGGACCUAAUCAGGCAGCAAAUGCUGUUACCUCUGGUCUCUUCUUUGCUCUCGUUCAAGGUGGAAUUUUCCAGUUUGGACAGAAGUUCUCACAACCACCAGCUGAGGAUGUGUACUAUAUAAAGACAAGAUCUAUGUUAAGCAACCUCGGCCUACAAAACUAUGAGAAGAAUUUCAAGCGAGGCUUGUUGACGGACAGCACUUUGCCUUUGCUAACUGAUAGUGCUCUCAGAGAUGUGAAAAUACCUCCUGGACCAAGGCUGCUCAUUCUUGAUCAUAUAGAGAGGAGCCCAGAGCUAAAAGACAGGCGGAAUGUUUCCCGUUGA